AUGGCGACAACCUCAGCUUUCAAGACCUACUUGAGGUCUGAUAAAUCGCCAGAAGAGAGGAAAUUAAUCCGCAAGGUUGAUUUCUUCAUUCUGUCCUUCUGCUGCCUCAUGUAUUUCUUCAACUACCUGGACCGCUCCAACCUGACCCAAGCCUACGUCUCUGGCAUGAAAGAAGACCUGAACUUCCAGGGCAAUCAACUGACCCAGAUCACGACCAUUUUCACGUGUGGCUACAUCGUGGGGAUGAUACCAUGUAACCUCGCUCUCUACUACAUCAAGCCCCGGAUCUUCUUCCCCACCAUGGUUGUUCUCUGGGCCGCAUUGACCAUGGUGACUGCUGCCGCGAGCACACCCCACCAUAUCAUGGCCAUCAGGUUCUUUGUUGGUGUCGCCGAAUCUAGCACUUUCAUCGGAACCCACUACAUUCUAGGUUCAUGGUACACGGAGAGCGAGCUUGGUAAAAGGAGUGGAAUCUUCACCGCCUCAGGACUGGCCGGAACCAUGUUCGGCGGCUUUAUUCAAUCAGGGAUCUAUAGGUCUAUGAAUGGUCUGCAAGGCCUUCCCGGGUGGAAAUGGCUUUUCAUCAUCGAUGGGAUAAUCACCUUGCCGGUCGCCAUAUAUGGCUUCUUAUUGUUCCCCGACACUCCAUCGAGGACUUCAGCCCCAUACCUGUCCGCUGAAGAGCGUGCUCUCGCAAUAUCCAGAGUCCCCGAAGUCCCAGAGCAAAAGCCACUCACCAUCGCGUUUGUCAAGCGAGUUUUCCGCUCUUGGCAAUUCUACGGAUUUGUGGUGCUCUGGAUCAUCGCUGGCGAAACCGAGAGCUUCAGCACGAACAGCCUGUUGGCGCUUUACAUGAAAGCCAAUCCCGAGAAGAAAUACUCGGUCUACCAAUUGAAUAACUAUCCUACCGGUGUCCCGGCCGUGGGAAUCGUGUCGACUUUAUUCUGGGCGACCCUGACGGAUUUCUUGGGCGGGAAGAGGUACCUCGUAGCGUACUGGAUAGCCAUUACGGGAGUUAUAACCUCAGCCAUUAUUCUGUCACCCUCCAGUGGCAUUGCAAGUCAUUUUGGCGCAUACUACUGGGCGGGUUCGGUCUAUGCGUGUCAAGCGACGUUCUUCGCAUGGGCCAACGACGCCUUGCGGUACGAGGAGGACUCUUUACGUGCCAUUGUCAUUGCGAGUAUGAAUCUUGGCAGCAACGCAGUCAAUGCAUGGUGGUCGAUAGUAUUCUACUCCGCCAACUUCGCGCCAAAGUUCACACGAGGCAUGUGGGCGAUGAUCGCCGUGAGUAUCCUGAUGGGAAUCUGGGCUGCCGGGCUGCAAAUCAUCCAAAGACGAUCGGCCAGGAGUAACAUCCAGUCCACUGAAGGCGCCAUUCGAGACGUCGAGAAGGAGAUGGUAAGCGACACUGCAAAGGUAUAA